AUGGCCACAGAUGGCCAAAAUGAAAGCUACCGUUUGGAACCUUUUGACGAUGCGUUUCAAAAAGUCAAAGCUCAGGUCACCACCGACUUGUCGACCUGCGCAGUAAUGUUGCAGCGCUUACUUAUGGCAGUUGACCUGUUUCCGCUCGGUACGUAUAAAAUCACUCGGGGGACGCUUACGAACAGUGCAAACGUCCGCGGACGCAACUUGCUCGAAUGCGCUGUUUUGGCAGGCGGACUCUCCAAGGGUCAUUAUGCCGAACAAGCCAUUCGUCGCUACUGGUUGCUGUGGAUGCCCAUGUUGCACAAGCAACAAAACCUGUCGGCGCGUUCUGCCGAAGGGCUAGUCCCUCCUCUAGACGUACAGUGGGCCUGGCUAGUCCACCGGCUUAAUCCCACCAAGUACCUGGCGGACUGCACCGCCCGCUUCGGAGCGCCAGUUCACCCAGCAAAUGUACGACAGGCUCUGGGGUUUAGCAGCAACACUAACAGCAGCCAGGCACUGCCAAACCCGCAAGCGCCGCCGGGUGGUCCGCAGAGCCCGUCAUCUGGGUAUCACGGCGGAGUAUCUGUGCUGACUAGGCAGGUGUGGGAAGCCGAUUACCCCACGGGUCCCGGGCAGCCGCCCGAACAUGUGUUUUGGCCUCCAGCGCCGGCCCCAGCAACAGUCUACUGCUCCAGAGUGCACGCGAAGCAGCAAGGGUGCCCCAAGCCGCAUCUUUGCCCACAUCCACAGUCCUGCCAUCACGUUCAUUUGCAUCCGAAGCUACGGUCAGCAGAUUUGGCAGCAAAAGGCUGCUACGGAAACGGCAGUGGCGGCGGUGACGGUGGCGCGCCAGCGGCAGCGGCUGCUGCUGCUGCUGCAGGCAGCUUUGCGUCUGUGCGGGGCUAUGUGGUGGAGUCUAUGCUUCGACAGGGCAGGUUCCUACAUCAGACGCUGCGCUACUUCUACCAAGAUCCCGACUUUCUGGAGGCUGGUCGGAUCCGUUACUUUCGCUUCCUGGCGCUGGCCCGUACCCAGAGCCCCGGCGCAUCGCCCCUAAAUCCAAUGUACGACCAAGAUCUGAUGUGGCAUUCUCACAUGGCGCUGAGCGGAUCCUACGUGGCGGACUGCGAGGUGAUCAUGCCGUACGGUCGCCGGCCGCUGCGUCACGACGAUACUCUGGACGGGACGGUUUUAGUUGACUCCUUCAAGUUCACUUUGGAGCGCUACGAGAGUCUGACGGGCCUUAUGGUGAACCCCUCCCCUACAAGAAAACUGCCCACGUUUAUGGCCCAGCCGCUGGUGGCGCACCUAUGGCCGCUGGCGGCGGCACUGAGCGACCCACGGGUCGCUGAGCUCCCGCCGCCACGCAAGCUCGCAGCGGAGCUGCGCGCCGGCGGUAUGCUACAACCUCGCCCCCCCCACCUUGAGGCCCCACAGUCCCCCCCGCCGGCAAUGGGCAGUCCCGACCACUUGUGUCGUAACGGUACCUUCGCCAUGUUUGGGUUGUGGAGCCUGGCGGACCGGCUGGGGCUGGGACUGGGAGGCAGCGGAGGCGCGGAGGGAAAGGGGGAGGGAAAGGAAGGGGGGGAGAAGGGCAGGAAGGAGGGUGUCACGGCAACGACUGCGCCUGUGGAGAUGAAGGCGAAGGAGGAGGAGCCCGUGGGCAGCUCACAAACCAAAUCGUCAAUUCAGCACCAGCACCAGCAGCUGAACCAGCAGGAUGCAGCCCAUGUGCUGGGUAGCACCUCCGCGAACGGUGUUGGUGGAGGAGGAGGAGGAGGCGGGGGGCUGCUGGGGUCGUGCUUUAAGAGCAGUACGUUAGCCGAGGCUGGGGCGGCUGGUGGUGGUGGCGGUGGUGGUGGCGCUCCGAGGACUUUCAGUGAUGGGGAGCUGGAGGCGGCGGUCAGGUUCAUGACCCGGAGACUGCUGCAGCUGGCCGACCUGACCGACCCCACCUCCCCUCUGGCCAGUCACCAGCACCCGUUCUUGGACGUCCUAGCGCCCCUGCCCGGGCCCCCAGCCACCAGGGGCAGCUCACCAGGGGACCCCGCCGCCGCCGCGGCCGCCGCCUCCCCCUCAACCUUCCCGUCGUCCUCCCCAAGCUUCCCCGUGCUCCAACAGCCCCUGCACAACCAACAACCGCAACCCGCACCCACCUCAACCACAACUACAACCACCACGACGGUAACCGCCAACUGCUCCACCCCAGUGUCAACAACAACAUCGACGGUGACGACGACAAGUAGGCAAGGUCGAUCAGAGGAACCUGGUGGUAGUGACAUCUGCCGUACUAAGACGGACGGUAGCGGCGGCGGCGGCGGUGGCGGCCUCCGCCGGCGGCGGCACCCCAGCCCCGCGCCGCGUAUCGAUGUGCCGUGUGGCGACCUGGCUCCCAGUCUGCGCGGGGCUCAGUGGGUCUACCUGGCGCCGCACCAGUAUGCGCCGCGGGGUAGGACACGGGUGUGGGUGUGGGUGUGGGUGUUAGGGCGGGAGGGGCCCCGGCGUGGGGCGCUUGGUGGCGUCGCACCUUGCGGCUGCCGCGUUCUGGUGUAUACGACGCCGACAGGGAAGAUGAUGACGAUUACCACGCCUUGCGGUUGCACGGCAACACCCUGGGCAGUGUUGUGUUUUCGUCGCGGUGGCCGCUUCUCAUGGCGAAAUGUUACCAGCAAAUCUAUGAAGACAUGCGACGACGACGACGACGACGACCAGCUGCCCAUAGACAUACGUGAUGUACUACGUGUACGGCAUUACUUAUCGUGGACAGGUUGGGCAGGUGUUGACACUCUCCACACUGCCACGUGGUUUCUCUUAGCCACACGGGGCAUAGGGCGCCGUGAAGUGGAUGAUGGUGCCGAUGAUGUCUGGGUUACACCUUUGGUACAGGCUCCCUUGGAGAUGCACUCGUCCAGAAUGUCCUGCAGAUGUACGACAGCACUUUUGUUUGGCAAACGAGUCGGCAUCAUCAUCAAAUUCGGCUUAGGUCACCAGCCAUUCCAUAUCCGGAGUACUUCUCCCAUCGUUCUUACGAACCGAAAACGGCAAAUCCAACGAACUUAUCGAGACCAGGUGGCUAGUCCCCGCCGUGUAAAGUCAUCAGUACAGGACAAUACAUGUGGGAUGCGCCCCGAGGGCCUCCACACGAACAAUAACAUCCGCCACUGA